UCAUCCACAUCCAAGAUGAGAGCAGCUGUAGUAGUAGCACUGGUGGGCCUCGUCGCCUUGGCCAUCGCCGAACCCAGCUACAAAGUCGCUGACAAGGUCUUCCUCGGAAAGCAGAAAGAUGUUCUCCGUCUCUUCGAAUACGUGAACCAACCGGCUUAUUACAAGGAUUUCGUUGAGAUCGAGAAGGAAUUCAAAUUUGAGGGACACUGGGACCAAUGGACCAAGCCUGAAUUCGCCAAAGAGUUCUUCCAUUACUUCAAAUACGACAUCUUGCCACAAGGAGAGGUCUUCUCCGUGUUCUACCCAGAGCACUUGAAGCAAGCCGUUGCUUUGUUCAAGACUUUCUACUACGCCAAGGACUUUGAAACUUUCUUCAAAUGCGCCGUUUGGGCUCGUCAAAAUGUCAACGAAGGCAUGUUCGUUUAUGCCCUUGCCGUUGCCGUCGCCCACUCCAAGCACACCGAGAACGUGAUCCUGCCACCAAUUCACGAGAUCUUCCCAGAAUACUUCUUCAACGAUGAAGUCAUCCACAAGGCUCAACAGUACAAGCAACACUACUGGGGAACUUAUGAGCAUGAGGAUGAAAUCAAGGAUGCUAGCUACAAGGGCUAUACCAUCCACGCCAACUACUCCGGAUGGUACAUGAACGUUCAUCCAGAACAAUCCAUGACUUAUUUCACAGAAGAUAUUGGCCUCAACUCUUACUAUUACUACCAGAACGUCUACAUGCCUUUCUGGAUGGAAAAGGAAUACAUGAGCUUCGAUGGAAGCUAUCGCGGAGAAUUAUUUUACUUCUAUCAUCAACAAAUCUUGGCUCGUUUCUAUUUGGAGCGUCUCUCUAACGGCAAGGGCGAAAUCCCACACUUCGACUUCGAGCACCCAAUUGAGACCGGCUUCUACCCAUCUUUGACCUACGCCAACGGCUUGAAAUUCCCGACCAGACCAAACCACGCUAACCUUUACUACCAUGGAGUCGAUGGAGAGCAACAGUACAACUUCUUCGGAAACUACUCUUACUCCUACACCUACGUCAAGGACUACGAAAGGCGUCUCCGCGAUGCCCUCGACAAUGGAUGGGUUUACACCCCAGAAGGCAAGCAAGUUUUCUUGUACACCAAAGAAGGAUUCCAAACUUUGUGCAACUUGGUCGAAAGCAACCCAGAAUCUCCCAACAGUCGGUUCUAUGGUGACCUUCAAGUCUUCGCCCGUCGUCUCUUGGGAUACUCCUAUUUCCCAUUGGACCAAUACAAGGUAGCCCCAUCCGCUUUGGAGCAAUUCGAAACCUCCCUCCGCGACCCAAUGUUCUACCAAUUGUACAAGAGGAUGAUGUACUACUUCUACCAAUACCAAAACUACAUGGGACCAUACGAAAAGGAAGAGCUCUUGUUCAAGGGCGUCAAGAUUGAAGACAUGGAAAUUGACCGUCUGAUCACCUACUUCGAUUACCACUACUCCGAUCUUUCUCACGCCGUCACCGUUGACGAGAAGGAAUUCGUCGAAGACACCUUCGAGGUUCGCGCUCGCCAAUUCCGCUUGAACCAUAAGGCAUUCAACUACAAGGUCAACGUUGUCAGCGAGAAAGCCACCGACGCCUUCGUCAAGGUCUUCAUUGGCCCCAAAUACGACGAAUACGGACGCGAAAUUGACAUGGAAGACAACUACAUGAACUUCUUCGAAUUGGACAGGUUCAAGUACACCCUCCAAGCCGGAAAGAACGUGAUCAAGCGCAGCUCCCUCGAAAGCAACUACUUCAGCGAAGACCGCACCACCUACAAGCAACUCUACAAGCAAGUUUUGACCGCUUUCAACGGCGGAGAAGCAUUCAAGUACCCCGAUUUCACCAAAUACUACACCUUCCCACAGAGGUUGAUGUUGCCAAAGGGUGAAUUCGGAGGCAAGACCUACCAAUUCUACGUCAUCGUUAGCGAGUACCACUCCUCAGAAAAUAACGAAAUUGCUAAUUACCUCGUCGACACCGAAUACUCCAUGGGAUAUCCAUUGGACAGACCAAUCGAAUUCGAACACGAUUUCUUCGUUCCAAACUCAUACACCAAGGACGUCGUCAUCUACCACAAGAAAACCGAAGAAGAAAUCAACACCACCUGGAGCCAUUAUUAAAUGCUUCUAAUUUCCUAAUUGUACAUACGAAUGUUUUAACGAAUAUAUAUCAAAA